GUUCCAACACCAUCUUCUGAGAUGAUCCUGAUUCCCGGAAUGCCCUUGGUGCUGUUCCUGCUGCUGCCUCUCUUGAGUUCUGCAAAAGCUCAGGUUAACCCAGCUAUAUGCCGCUACCCUUUGGGCAUGUCUGGAGGCCACAUUCCUGAUGAGGACAUCACAGCUUCCAGUCAGUGGUCAGAGUCCACAGCUGCCAAAUAUGGAAGGCUGGACUCAGAGGAAGGGGAUGGAGCCUGGUGCCCUGAGAUUCCAGUGGAACCCGAUGACCUGAAGGAGUUCCUGCAGAUUGACUUGCACACUCUACACUUUAUCACUCUUGUGGGGACCCAGGGGCGCCAUGCAGGGGGCCAUGGCAUUGAGUUUGCCCCCAGGUACAAGAUCAAUUAUAGUCGGGAUGGCACUCGCUGGAUCUCCUGGCGGAACCGGCAUGGGAAACAGGUGCUGGAUGGAAAUAUCAACCCUUAUGACAUUUUGCUAAAGGACCUGGAGCCCCCCAUCGUGGCCAGAUUUGUCCGAUUCAUUCCAGUCACCGACCACUCCAUGAAUGUGUGCAUGAGAGUGGAGCUUUAUGGUUGUGUCUGGCUAGAUGGCUUGGUGUCUUACAAUGCUCCAGCAGGGCAGCAGUUUGUACUCCCUGGAGGCUCUGUCAUUUAUCUGAAUGAUUCUGUCUAUGAUGGAGCCGUUGGGUACAGUAUGACUGAAGGACUGGGCCAGUUGACAGAUGGGGUGUCUGGCCUGGACGAUUUCACCCAGACCCAUGAAUACCACGUAUGGCCUGGCUAUGACUACGUGGGCUGGCGGAAUGAGAGUGCCACCAAUGGCUACAUCGAGAUCAUGUUUGAAUUUGACCGCAUCAGGAAUUUCACUACCAUGAAGGUCCACUGCAACAAUAUGUUUGCUAAAGGUGUGAAGAUCUUUAAGGAGGUGCAGUGCUAUUUCCGCUCUGAAGCCAAUGAGUGGGAACCAAAUGCUGUCUCCUUCCCUCUUGUCCUGGAUGACGUCAAUCCCAGUGCUCGGUUUGUCACAGUGCCCCUCCACCACCGAAUGGCCAGUGCCAUCAAGUGUCAAUACCAUUUUGCUGACACCUGGAUGAUGUUCAGUGAGAUCACCUUCCAAUCAGACGCUGCCAUGUACAACAACUCUGGAGCCCUGCCCACCUCUCCUAUGGCACCCACAACCUAUGAUCCAAUGCUUAAAGUCGAUGACAGUAACACUCGGAUCCUGAUUGGCUGCUUGGUGGCCAUCAUUUUCAUCCUCCUGGCCAUCAUUGUCAUCAUCCUCUGGAGGCAGUUCUGGCAGAAAAUGCUGGAGAAGGCUUCCCGGAGGAUGCUGGAUGAUGAAAUGACAGUCAGCCUUUCUCUGCCAAGCGAGUCCAGCAUGUUCAACAAUAACCGCUCUUCAUCACCAAGUGAACAGGAGUCCAACUCGACUUAUGAUCGCAUUUUUCCGCUUCGCCCUGAUUACCAGGAGCCAUCCAGGCUGAUACGAAAACUCCCAGAAUUUGCUCCAGCAGAGGAGGAGUCAGGCUGCAGCGGCAUUGUGAAGCCAGUCCAGCCCAGUGGACCUGAGGGAGUGCCCCACUAUGCAGAGGCUGACAUAGUGAAUCUCCAGGGAGUGACAGGAGGCAACACCUACUCCGUGCCUGCUGUAACCAUGGACCUGCUCUCAGGAAAAGAUGUGGCCGUGGAAGAAUUCCCCAGGAAACUCUUAACAUUCAAGGAGAAGCUGGGGGAAGGCCAGUUUGGGGAGGUUCAUCUCUGUGAAGUGGAUGGGAUGGAAAAAUUCAAAGACAAAGAUUUUGCCUUAGAUGUCAGUGCCAACCAGCCUGUCCUAGUGGCUGUGAAAAUGCUCCGAGCAGAUGCCAACAAGAAUGCCAGGAAUGAUUUUCUUAAGGAGAUAAAGAUCAUGUCUCGGCUCAAGGACCCAAACAUCAUUCGUCUCUUAGCUGUGUGUAUCACUGACGACCCUCUCUGCAUGAUCACUGAGUACAUGGAGAAUGGAGAUCUCAAUCAGUUUCUUUCCCGGCAUGAGCCGCCCAAUUCUUCUUCUGGCAAUGUACUCACGGUCAGUUAUAACAACCUGAAGUUUAUGGCUACCCAGAUUGCCUCUGGCAUGAAGUACCUUUCUUCUCUUAAUUUUGUCCAUCGAGAUCUGGCCACAAGAAACUGCUUAGUAGGUAAGAACUACACCAUCAAGAUAGCUGACUUUGGAAUGAGCAGAAACCUGUACAGCGGUGACUACUACCGGAUCCAGGGCCGGGCUGUGCUUCCUAUCCGCUGGAUGUCUUGGGAGAGCAUCUUGCUGGGCAAAUUCACUACAGCAAGUGAUGUGUGGGCCUUUGGGGUGACUCUGUGGGAGACUUUCACCUUUUGCCAAGAGCAGCCCUACUCCCAGCUAUCAGAUGAACAGGUUAUCGAGAAUACUGGAGAGUUCUUCCGAGACCAGGGGAGGCAGACUUACCUCCCUCAGCCAGCCAUUUGCCCUGACUCUGUGUAUAAGCUGAUGCUCAGCUGCUGGAGAAGAGAUACCAAGCACCGUCCCUCGUUCCAGGAAAUCCACCUUCUGCUCCUUCAACAAGGGGAUGAAUGAUGCCGUCAAUGCCUGGCAACAUUCCAGCGGCUGAGGUCCUCCCACAAGACCCACCACUCACCCAUGCCUAAGCCACUCCAUCUGGACAUUUAAUGGACCUGAGAAACAGAGGCUUGGUUGCUUUGCUUUUUCUCUGUCCCUUACCUUCCUCCACUCCACUCCCUACCCGACCCAUAUAUACUUUUUUUUUUUUUACAUUAAAGAACUAAAAAAG